CGCGCGGCCGAUCAUGGCGGGUGCCGGGGUGCUCCCGCUGCUGCUGCUGCUGCUGGCGGCGAGCGGGGCCGCGGGCGAGCCGUGCCCCGAGCCCACCAUCGCCCCCUCCUAUUACACCACCUCGGACGCCGUCAUCGCCUCCGAGAGCGUCUUCGUGGUGGAGAUCUCCCUGGUGUGCAAGAACGGCGCUCAGAACGUGGCUCUUUACGCCGAUGUGAACGGGAAGCAGUUCCCGGUGACCCGCGGGCAGGACGUGGGCAGGUACCAGGUGUCCUGGAGCCUGGAGCACCGCCAGGCGCAGUCGGGCACCUACGAGGUGAAAUUCUUCGAUGAGGAAUCCUACAGCGCCCUGCGCAAGGCCCAGAGGAACAACGAGGACGUGUCGCGGAUCCGGCCGCUCUUCACCGUCAACGUCGAUCACAGGGGAGCCUGGAACGGGCCCUGGGUGUCCACGGAGGUGGUGGCAGCUGCCAUCGGGCUGCUUGUUUAUUACCUGGCCUUCAGCACCAAGAGCAGCAUCCAGGCCUGAAAUCGAAAUAAAAAUAAAUCCCAACAACUCCUAAAAA